AUGUCAUCGCCUAAGACUCAGCUCCAACAAGGAACAGUCGUAGGCACUGUCUUACACGGAAAAUACCCUCGUGCAGUUGAGGCAUUCAGAGGCAUACCAUAUGCGUUACCACCGACAGGUGACCGUCGAUUCAGGCCACCAGAAAAAGUAGGAAAAGGCGAGGGGAUUAUAGAUGCAACAAAGUUUGGACCCAGGGCUCCUGCACAGCAGUUCAUCAAAUUAGGGCCAAUAUUAGAAGAGAGCGAAGAUUGUCUGACGGUGAAUGUGUUCCGUCAAGCGGGAACUGAACAGUCUACAGGGCUGCCAGUUGCGGUUUACUUACAUGGAGGGGCUUUUAAUCGCGGGAAUGCGGCUAUGCAUGACACUGCUUCAAUGGUUGGGUGGUCCGAGAAGCCGUUCAUCGCAGUCUCGUUUGGAUAUCGAGUUGGGGCUUUGGGCUUCCUCCCAUCGAAGCUCAGCGCUAAAGAGGGUGUGCUCAAUUUAGGCUUGAAAGAUCAAAUAUGCUUGUUCGACUGGGUUGAGGAGAAUAUUGGAGCCUUUGGGGGCGACAAGAACUGCGUCACUCUUAUAGGUCUCUCAGCGGGUGCACACUCGAUUGGCCACCAUCUACUCAACUACGAAGAGUGCAAAGCACCAAAAUUCCAUCGAGUCAUUAUAGAAUCGGGCGCCCCAACAUCUCGCGCCGUCCGUAACCCAGAUGCGGAAAUCCACGAGAUGCAAUUCCAAGACUUCCUAAAAGAAGUCGAAUGUCCCCCAUCACUCCUCGAGUCCGAAAUAUUCACCUAUCUUCGUAAACUCCCCACCUCUGCCAUCGCCAAAGCCCAAACCAAAGUAUUCCAAAAGUACAACCCCAGUCUCCGUUGGGCAUUCCAACCCGUAAUCGACAACGAAAUCAUCCGCAGCCGCCCCAUCGACGCCUGGCGCAACAACCGCUGGCACAAGCUCCCCAUAAUGACGGGCUUCCAAGGCAACGAAGGCUCUCUCUACGUAAACAAAUCCAUGUCCACCUCCUCCGAAUUUCUCUCCUUCUGGAAAACCCUCUUACCACAACUAAGCACCGAUGACAUUGACACUAUAGACAAGCUCUACCCAGACCCGACCUCCAAUCCCACCUCCCCCUACAAAGAAGACCGACUGCACCUCGGAGUCGGACCAAUGUACAAGCGCAUCGAAGCCGCAUACGCAGAUUACGCAUAUGUAGCCCCCGUGCGCCAAACCGCCCAUUUCACUAGUCCCGACGUACCUGUAUACCUCUACCACUGGGCCAUGCGCCGCGACAUCAUCGACGGCGCUCGCCACGCCGACAACAUGUUCUACGAGGUCCGCGAUCAGAAUAUCUGCUCGCAGUUGAAAUCGCAAGACGAGCUCUCGGGGAUUCUGCAUGCGUAUGUUACGAGUUUUAUAUGUACGGGGUGUCCGAAUGAGAUCAAAGGACAGUUUGGAGGCAGGCCGGAGUGGGAGAGGUAUCAGAGGGGGGAGGGGAGGGUUAUGGUGUUUGGGAGGGGGAAUACAGAGUUGGUUGGGGGAGAUGAGGUUGGGGUGCUAGCGGGGAUGGAGGGGGAUGAGUAUGCGGUGGUGGAGAGUGAGUUUUGGUGGUCGAAGGUGGAGCUGUCGCAGCAGUAG